CAAAAUACUCUCGCCACAGUAAAAAAAUUUGCCUCCCAGUACAGAACUUUUGUCACAGUAGAAAGAAUUAUCGCCACUGUAAAAAAAAAGCUGGCCACCGUAACAACGAGACUCGUCACAGUAAAAAAAACUCUCGUCACAGGACCCGGCACAACUCCCACAACUUCGGCGCAACUUCCACAACCCAGGCACAACCUCCGCGCCUAUUGAGUAAUAAAGUUCAGCCUUUUCGUAGAUGUUUGGUCUUGUUAACGCAACUAAUAGAUCCUCACUCCUGUAUCUAUCGCUGCGUAAAGACCGCGUGAAAGUCAGCUAAGAAUUAUGAUCGAUUGAGUCAUGUUUUGCCACCGUCACUCUUGAGCUGCCGUGACAAAAUGUACAGAAUGAAUCACACGGAAGCCAUAUUUCAUAUUGCAUAUCUACUUUUCCAUUCUCGAUAAAAACAACUUCGAUCACAGAAAUGAAUCAGUUCGCAAAACAGAAGAUUAGGUCAUAGCUUCUUGAAUUGCAAAGAGCCUCCUAAGUAUUUGAAAUUAGCAUAGUCCUCCAUGAUGAUUGUUGUCGUGUAAAGUGUGCGCGCAGGUGCUGUGGCGCGUUCGUGUGUGUUAUAAAGGCAAUUUAUAAAUAAAAGUUUUCGUCUGACGGUGAUUGCGACACAUCAAGCCACGCAUCUCCAGACAACGAACUCAUUCCUUCUAAUCGUGCGCUCUGGCAACUAUGUCUGUCUCUUUACUAGGCAGGCCAGAACCUAACCCAAAAAGAAAGCAAGAAAAUUAACAUGAGGCACCUGUUGAACAAAUUCAAAUCUUCUGUUAGAAUACUUUGCAGUGAAAUAAAAGAUAUCUCGCGAAAACGAAGCCAAACGGGCAAAAUACCAGAAGCGAAACGAAGCCCCAAGGGCAAAAAUACCAGAGGAAGCAAGAAGACCAGUAUGAUUCCGUAUCCGGUGAAAGGUUAGCGACUCUUCGUGCGCCGACUUACCCUAAAGCGUUUCUUUGGAUCUAAUUAAUUUAGUGGCUCCGCUUUUUGCGCCGUGACUUCACCCAUGCCCCACGCAUAUGAAUGAUCACUAACUUCAGCUGAGGCCUGACCACCGAUCUAGCGCGUCACGUGUUCGAUCCACCGGGUUUGGCCUUGAUCGCUCGGGGUAGAUCAGAUAGAGUCCGCCAUGAUUGCUAUAUAAACGCAGUAGGGUCGUCCAAAACGAUUGCCGUCGUGCUUAAUCGUUUGCGCAAUUUUAGGUGCCUGGCCGUCGUGCUCGGGUAAUUAAAUGGUUUAGCUGCGAGAAAUGUACCUAGGUAACAAAAAAGAUCUCGGGGAGGCCACCCAGGUACCAAAAAAAAGGACACUGAGUGAGUGAAGGAAUGAAUGAAAUAAGAAAUAUCAAUGCAUAAUGUAAACCUAAAAAUCACUUGUGUGGAUAGGCAUACUAAAGAGGAACAUGAUCCAACUAUCAGAGGUACCGUGCAUGUUGGCGGUAUUUUCCUACAGCUUCAACACUUCUUAAUGCAAUAACUUUUCCAUGUUGACGACCGUUAUCGCUAUGAUUUGAGACUAUGUAUUGGAGCUUCCAAAAAUCGCAAGCAAGAACAAAGAGAUCAUUGUAUUUCCAAUCACGCUGAGUUGUGCUUUGUGACAAGGUAUUAGAACAUUCUUUGAAGCUGGAGGAUCCUCCAAGUCGGCAU